CGGAGAGGUUUAUGAAAUUGGCGUUGACUUGGCAAAUGCACUUGCGUAAAUUUUCCGUACGGUAAUUUUAUUCCGUAGAUGUACACAGCUUUAUGAAAUUGGCCCCAGGAUACGCCGGAAAACCGUAAAUUUGGUAUACGGGGGUAAAGCCAAAUAGCGAAAGCGUCGUUCCCAGACAGCCUUUUCUCAUAAGGUUCUCUGUUGUGCCUUUACUUGAAGAUUGAAAGUUUUGGAUUUCACCAGUUUACCAAGAUUGGAAGAGUUUUCCACAACCGUUCGACUUUCUAACCGUCAAUCUUUAUGAUAAUUUACAUUUCUGGCUUCAAUAUUAAGGGAGAUAACCAGGCUAGUAAAAUGGCGCUGUUUGACUCUGAUGCUGAUUAUGUAAAGCAGGUGAAAUCUGACUCAACUGCAAAGAUUGUUCUAGCUGUUCUCUGUCAGGAAAUAUUAGAAACCGACCAGCCAGUGACCAUUGCUAGAUUGUUGGAACUUACUGAAGAAGUACGCAUGACAAAAAAGAACAUGGUAACCAGAAGCAAUACCGAGGAGAUGCUGACUGAAUUCUUGCAGAAUUACCCGUUUCUCUUUAAAGUCACUCGUGAGAUUUGUGGCAUGAAAGAGGUGUUGAGGGUACAACCGCACACAGACGUGGAAGUAUGUAAGACGUGGACCCAAAAGAAUUGCAGUUGCAAAGGAAAGUGCGGGGACUUACAUGUCAGCAAGUUUCAUCUUCUUGGAGAACUCGGUGGCCAUUAUUCACAAUGGGGAAAGAAACUGAAGAGUGAGCAUAACCUGCUCAUACUAAAGUCGAACUUACUGGACAGUUUGUCACAAGAACAUUUGGCAAUCUUCUUUAAGAAAGCUCUAAACUUAACAACCAAUACCAAGACAAUGUCAAGUGGAAAACGAACACCUGGACUAUGCUUCCGUUACAACGGACGAUCAGGGUGUGAUAGAGAAGACUGUUCCUUUUUGCAUUUGUGUAGGCGAUUUGUUCUCGGAAAUUGUAAAUUUGGCACCAGGUGCAAACGAAGUCAUGACAUGACUCAGUCACAAACCAAAUCUAUUCUCUGCCGGUUCAAAAUGGACCCCGACGAGACAGAGAGUGCCGACAUUCUGGAAGUAUUGAGGAGAAAAUUGAAGAAAUUAGAGGUUGAGUCAGUAAAACAGGAGCAGGAAACAUUACGGCAUGUUAAUGUACAUGGAACAGCGUCAUCUGCUGAAGCAGGUUUAAAGUCCACUGGGUUAGGCACCCUUGAUGCUCUACAAGUCCAACCUUUGGAACUCACUGAGGUAAGUUUGCCUGGACAAUCUGAUGAUGGAGGAAAGAAGCAAAGGCAGAGUUCAGAGGUAUUGCCCUUUGAUAUUCACAGUUCAGAGCCUUCUCAGAAUGUUGAAGUUAAUCAAACAGUCUUGCGUUAUGGGGGUGCAAGACCAAAAAUUAAAGAACCACGUAAAGAAGAAGCUGGGUGUAAUUCCAGUUUUUCGUCUUGUGGGAAAAAUAGGCCAGAAAAUACAAGGUUAUGUCCCAGUUAUAAGCUGACUGAUCAUAAAGCAGGCAUGAAGAACCCAUGUGCAUAUACAUUAGCAUUUCACGCAGAGUCAGCAGGUACAUUGCUGUGUAGUACAGAGAGAGCUGUGAAGCGGAAGGACCUAUCGUUCAAAGGAACAACGUCGAAGAGUACAGUGUCAUAUGGUGAUACACAAAUGCCAGUAUUGGAAAAGUGCAAGAGAGCAUAGCGACAGAAUACAAGUCCUGUACAGAAGCAACUACUAGUGGACGAGCAACGCCCACUGAAGGAACGAUGUAACACCGGAUAUAUAUAUAUAUAUGAGGGAAUGAGGUAGCUCAUACACAAGCCACUAGAUGUACAGGACAUCAUAUACGGACUCCCUCUGGAAAUACCUGCAACAGCAAUAUUUCCAGUAAAGAAACAGAGAUGGCAAAGCCCCGUUGUUCCUUCCGAAAUCAACGUCCGGGGAGUGCCGAAAAUAUUUAUUACAGUUCAAACUUACAUUUUAAUCAAAGUAAUGACAACACGAACAUAACGGGCUUCCAUACUUUGUGACUUAGUAUGUUGUGUACAGUCCAAAAAGAAAUAAAUCUUAUCCAUUUAGUUCUCUCAGUGUCACAGUGGUUAAUUAUCAGUAUCUAGAAACAUUAUUUAAAGCAACUAACAAUACAGUAAGCAACCAAAAUGCUUUAGUUUAUCAAAUCUAGACAACACAAAGUUUUUACAAUGGCGCUACCAUGGUAAACAUCACUAAUCGCCUGAAACUUCUGUUAUGUCAAAUUAUUACAUUUUACUCAAUGAAACAACCAAAAUCACGUUUCAGUUCGUUCGGACACCAUUACAUCUCAUAUUUGGCACACAGUACAAUGAUAAACAUAUCUGCAACAGCAAUAUUUCCAAUAAAGAAACAGAGAAGGCAAAGCCACGUUGUUCCUUCCGAAAUCAACGUCCGUCGAGUGCGCCGACAAUAGUUGCAUUUGUAACUUACACAACAUAGAGUUAGCGGAAACGGACUACUAAAUAUAAUAAUAUAUUCAGCGUAUGUGUAUAUUUAAGAACAAGAAA